AUGUCAGACGAAGUACCGUCCGAAGUUCCAAUAUGGUUCAGCCAGAUAUUGGAACGACAAAUACAAACGAUGAACGAGAUGGCCGCGAACCAACAAGCAUCCCUGGCCACGCUUAACGAUCGAAUUUCCCUGAUGGAACAAGAGCAAGCCUUGCCUGUCAAGGCGUUAGACCAAUUAAAUCGUACGAAGCAAGGUAAGAAAAACUUUAGCGAUUUCAUGAAUGAGUUCAAUCGCCUGUUGUUAGAAGCCGAAGGCUGGGGUUGGGACGACGCUGUCAAGAAGGGCUUUCUAAAGGCCGCCCUGACUCUCGAACUUCGCCGCGCAAUGCUAGAACAGAUCAAGGAGAUCUCGACCUUCCGGCAAGGCUGGAAAAAGAGGACUGACGAUGUAAGAUCGUCGGCAACAGCGGAUGAGAUGGACUGGCAGCCAACUACUGUGCUAGUCGCAAAGAUUCGUAUGAAGGAACCACGAUGGGCAUCUGAAGACGAGAUUGCACGUCGACGUGAGGAAGGACUUUGUCUGCGCUGUGGCCGAAAAAGUCAUAGAGUGAAGGAAUGCAAGGCUGACUUGUCAAAGGACAAGAAAGGGGGGAAGGAAGUUCGUGUGGCUCCUGUUCGUGCGGAGCCGCCUGAUCAAAAGAAUGACAGUAACUCGUCCGACGUUGAAGAGUCGGGAAAAGAGUAG